CCUGAUUUCAUCUGGAAUGUCAUUAUAAAAGUUAAGGCAAGGACAGAACGACAGAUAUCACUUGUUGAGGUUAUAUUACGAUUAGUAUUAAGUUACUGUACUUCCAUUUCUAAGAAUGGACAAUCAGGCAGGCGGCAGCAGAGAUGGGUUUGGUGGGCCGCGUACGCCACAACAGCAGCAAGCUCAGCAAAACUUGAAGAAGACACAAGCACAAGUUGAUGAGGUGGUCGGGAUCAUGAGGGUGAAUGUGGAGAAGGUCUUGGAACGUGAUUCUAAACUGUCAGAACUUGACAACAGAGCAGAUGCGUUACAGCAAGGAGCAUCCCAGUUUGAACAACAAGCAGGAAAGCUGAAAAGAAAAUACUGGUGGAAAAACAUAAAGAUGAUGAUUAUAAUGGGAGUGAUAGCUCUGGUUGUGCUUGCUAUCAUUAUUGUGUUAAUUGCUGGGCCAACAUCUGGUGGAAGUAGUGAUGCUGCUGUUGUUACACCUGCUGUUUCACCUGCCCAAAGUCCUACCAUUGCACCUAAUCAGUAAUGAAUAAUAUUUCCAGUUACAAUGUCAUUACAAUGUUUUAUUAUGGUACUCUUGAUUGAGACCUUGUAUAUGAGUAUAUAUAUAUAUUUUUUUGCAUAGAAUUUGUACGGAAGGGGCUUGGUGUUUGACAUGCAAAAGAGUUUGACAUAUUUAUAAUUUGGCUUAAGAUAGAAGUAUAUUGGAUUUACUUAUAGGUCUACAACCAAUCAUAUAAAAAUGCAGAACUUUCUAAGAAGUGCUGUAGCAAAUGCCUUGUGUGUAUAUAUAUAUAUAUUUAUAUAAGAAUGUAAAUAUUUUAUAAAACUAUAAAUAUUAUCUUGCAAUAUAUAUAUAUAUUUUUAAGUAAACAAUUAGUAAAUUAUGCUAAAAAAAAUGCAGCAUGUUUUUUCAUAGUAUGUAAAUUUUAUUUUUUUGAGGUAAAUGUAAUGAGUAAAUUUUUUUUUCUUUACUUUUACUGAAAUGUUAGUUUUAGGUAAAUAGUAAAUACAUCAUAUAUUUACCUUUGGAAUGAAUAAUUCCAUUAUAUGUAAUUAUUAGUAUUACAUUAUUCUAUAUAUAUUGUAGGUAUCAUUAGUAUUUAAGUCAGUACGAAAUUAAUCUCAUAGUGAACUGCCCUUUAAUCAUCAAAAUACAAAAAAAAAAAAUUGUGAAUUAAGAGCUGCUAAAAAAUUUUUUUAUGGAAGUUUUUCAACUAUUCGAGACAUUAAUAUGAUAAAAUAUUUUAUGGUUUUCAUAAUUAAUUUUUAUUUUAUUUACAAUUCAAGUAAUUUUUUGUGCUUACAUUGGAAGUUUCUGUAGUACUUUUAAAUAAUUUCUGUAUGUUUUAUAUUUUUCAGGUUGUAAAUCUAUUCGGAAAUACAUAAUACCACCAUCUUGAGUAUCUGAAGUACUAUUUAUGUGAUAUUGUUAAACAUAGACACAAAAAUGGUUUAGUUAAAAUUUUCUAAUAUAUGAUGAAGAAAGUUGUAAAUACUACUUGUUUUAUAAAGAUCCUGAUUUUGUGUGAAAUGUUAUGUCCUUAAUACAUAUAUGUUUGCUUGUUACCUUUUCUCAGCUUAACAUUUAAACUGUUACCUUUUCUCAGCUUAAGCACAAAGCAUACUAUUUCAUAUUUCAGUGUAACUAUGUGAAAGUGAUACAGAUGGUAGUGGUUUUAAUCAUGAAUAUGUAUAAAUAUUUAACCAAUUAUUAUUGUUGCUUAUGAUGUUAUGAAGGUUCCAUGAGAUCUCAAAUUUUGAGUAUAUUGUAGUUGUGGUUUCAUGGCGAGAAAAGGUUCAUAUGAAUUUUUAGUAAUAAAAAUCUGUUAAGAUGGCUGGCAAUGGCACAAUAACAUUUCUGCUUGCUCUCAACAAUGUGUGGUAUGUGUUUAGCAAGACACACAUUUAAGCUUCUUGUGACUAAAGCUUUAGUCAUUUCCAAUGGAUUUGUGUAAAUUAUCAACUUAAACUCUCUGAAAGAAAUUCCAAUGCAUGAAUGGUAGAUUGUUGGCCAAGUUGUAAAAGAUAUCAACAUUGAAGUAAGUUGAUGCUGAGUUAAUAAAUAAUAAUAAAGCAUUCUAGAAACAAAUAUGUAAUUAAGUACAUAGCAAAAGAAAGAAAUUGGUGCUUCAGCAAAUACAUAAUUAUAUGUGAUGAUUUUCAUUGUAUUUUUCAUUAUUUUAUAAAGAUAUAAUGAAAGUAUUGUUAUAGACAUUAAGAAUAAUGAGGUUGCAUGGGUACAUUCCAAAAGAGUAUUAAAAUAUGCUGGUUAGUCAAACAAUUUACAGGAAUUCUCACAUUCAUUACAAUAUGCUUUUUAUUAAAAAAAAAACAUCUCAAAUUCUCAAUCAUCUGUUUUUGUGUUGAAACAGUGUGCUGAUAACUGUAUAUUGCCCUGUAAAUGUUUAAAAUACACUGUUCAUCUUUAUGUGCAUGUCAAAACAUUCAUACUCUGAUAUUCAACCAUCUGCAUACUACUAGUUUAGGACUUCACUGUGUAAGACAAAUGACUGCUUUUUAUAGUUUUAUUUUCUUAUUAAAGUAUUCAGUUUAUGAA